AUGCACCGAGAAUUGACGCAGCAGGAAAUAUCGUGGUACUUCAACCCACCGUCAGCUCCUCACAUGGGAGGAGCCUGGGAGCGCUUAGUGCGUUCCGUUAAAACCGUGUUAUACCGUAUAACACCAAAUCAAAAAUUCUCAGAUGAAAGUCUUCUUACCGCAAUGGCAGAGGUGGAAAUGACGGUCAACUCCAAGCCCCUGACAUACGUGUCCCUGGACGACGAAGAUCAAGAAGCUCUUACGCCAAAUCACCUGUUGCUUGGCUCAUCAAAUGGAGAAAAACCGUUUUGCGAUCCGGAACAAAUCGACUAUAAAUGGUCGCUCCGCCAGAGUGAGAUGUUCGCCAACCUAUUUUGGAAACGCUGGGUCAAAGAGAUGCUACCAAACAUAACACGAAGGUCCAAGUGGCAUAAAAAAGUAAAGCCAAUUGGUGUAGGCGAUAUUGUACUUAUAGUGGACGAAAAUCAGCGUCGUAAUACCUGGACAAAGGGUCGAGUGGUCGAAGUGACCACCGCAGAAGAUGGUCAAGUCCGGCAGGCGAAGGUACAGACACAACUAGGUUACUGUAAUGAUGCCAAAGCCUACAGACUAUAUGAUCCCGAAGCCAAAAUGGUAUUAAGAAGUCGUGACGUCAUAUUCACAAAUAUUUUUGGCAACGAUCAUGAAUUUGAAGAAUUCUCAGAACUGAGUGCAGUCAAUGCGGAAUAUCAAGACGAACAUAGUCAGGAAGAUGAUUUUCAAGAAGAGCGUGUCGUUCCCGAGGAAAAUUCCCCAGAAGAGAAUGCCGAUAUUGAAGAAAAUAUCCAAGAAGAACCAGUACUGCAAAGACGUGGACCUGGAAGACCCAGAAAAGUGCAUACAGGAAAACCUGGUCGUCCCAAGCUCAUCUAUAAUGAAGUCCAAAAUGCCAAAAGUCCGGAAAUGAGCCUGAACCGGAAUCUGAUGAGGAAGACGAAUUUUAUGAGGCAUCGUCACUAA